GUGUCGUAUUGCAGCGCUAAAGUUCAGUAGAGAAGAUGGCGGAGGGAGAACUGAACGUAGACAGCCUCAUCUCUCGACUCUUGGAAGUGCGAGGAUGUCGUCCAGGGAAGAUCGUCCAGAUGACGGAGGCCGAGGUUCGAGGUCUGUGCAUUAAAUCCAGAGAGAUCUUCCUCAGUCAGCCCAUCCUGCUGGAGCUCGAGGCACCGCUCAAAAUCUGCGGUGAUAUCCAUGGUCAGUACACCGACCUGCUGCGGCUGUUCGAGUACGGCGGUUUCCCCCCAGAGGCGAAUUAUCUCUUCCUGGGCGAUUACGUGGACCGAGGGAAGCAGUCGCUCGAGACCAUCUGCCUCCUGCUGGCCUACAAGAUCAAAUACCCCGAGAACUUCUUCCUGCUCAGGGGCAAUCACGAGUGCGCGUCCAUCAACCGCAUCUACGGCUUCUACGACGAGUGCAAGCGCAGGUUCAACAUAAAGCUGUGGAAAACCUUCACCGACUGCUUUAACUGCCUCCCCAUCGCCGCCAUCAUCGACGAGAAGAUUUUCUGCUGCCAUGGAGGUCUCUCUCCUGACCUGCAGUCCAUGGAGCAGAUCCGGAGGAUCAUGAGGCCCACGGACGUUCCUGAUACAGGUUUGCUGUGUGAUUUGUUGUGGUCAGACCCUGAUAAAGACGUGCAGGGUUGGGGAGAGAACGACCGGGGCGUGUCCUUCACCUUCGGAGCCGACGUGGUCAGCAAAUUCCUGAAUCGUCACGAUCUGGACCUCAUCUGUAGAGCGCACCAGGUGGUGGAGGACGGGUACGAGUUCUUUGCGAAGCGGCAGCUGGUCACGCUUUUCUCCGCGCCGAAUUAUUGUGGAGAGUUCGACAACGCGGGGGGCAUGAUGAGCGUCGACGAGUCCCUCAUGUGCUCCUUUCAGAUCCUGAAGCCCUCAGAGAAGAAGGCUAAGUAUCAGUAUGGAGGUGUGAACUCGGGCCGCCCCGUCACACCUCCCCGCACCACACAGGCCCCGAAGAAGAGGUGAACGGCCUGCCCCGCCCAUCCGAACCGCCCCCGCCCACACCCCCAACAUAAACAGCCUGGAGGCGGUACUUAUUCACAAUCAGCCUCUCUCCCUCUUCCCUCGCUCUUUUCUUAAUGUUGGUGUACAUAAUUUUUUGCCGUGACCAGGUGAUAAGCGCUUUCUGUAUGUCUCUGCCUGUUCGGUGGUAUUUUUAAUAAUAUUCAUAUUAAUAAUUACACGAAUUGCGAACGGGGGAUCUCUCUCUCUCCCUCUCUCUCUCUCUCUCUCUCUCUCUCCCUCUCCCCCUCCCUCUCUCCCUCUCUCUCUCGGACGCAGUAUUGACAUUAAUAUCGAUGUUGGCGUGAUUUCUACAUAGGGGUGUUUAUGAAUUUAAACCGGGGGCUUUAAGCUGAAUAUGUUCGCCUUUGAGUAUACACACGCUCUGUUUUUACUCUCGUGACUGAAACGAGUGCACUAAGAUGUACAGCACACGCACACACACACACACGCACACACACACACUCCACUUCCACUACACACUACAGUAUGACGCAAUGCGACCUCAGUGUAAGCCCAGGCUUGGGUGGGUUUUUAUCCGUCCGCCGGUGACCCGGAGGCCGAGAGAGAGGACGAGCGAAGCGAAGUGAACGAGAUGACUUUCGUUAUGAGGGAAUCGAAUGAUUUUCCACAGACACGGUCAUGAAUCUGGCUUAAACGGCGUCCUAAUCGAUAGAUACGUCGUCCUAGACGAGGAUAAUAAACCAUACGGUGCGACGGACAUUUUGUAGAUGAACAUUUUCCUCUAGUUAUUCUUGGAGCCCUAACGUGAAUCCCAGCGUGUGUAAUAUAUAUAUAUACACACACACACACACACACACAAUAUACACUCCAGUAACCGAACCGUGACCAUGCGGAUCGUUAACGUUCGAGCAGCUGCACCUCCGCUUCCUGCCCGCGAUCUCGGCUGUUUUUCCCCCUCAGUAAUAAUCUUCCAAUCGUUCCUGUUCACACUUUUUCUUAAAAGCAGCAGCCAAAUGACUCGAGACGCUCAGGUCGUCAUGGCGAUAAAGCGACCCCGCGUCCAGUCUUCGGCUUUUUAUGGCCGACGCGGUAACCGUGGACGCUCGAGGACUUUGUCGAUGUUGCUGUAGUCAGCCAGUUAGGUCGCUCGAACUCCACCAUAUUAUUCGUAGCUACGCGGAUUUUACCCGUGUGCCGCCGCUUUCACAAGCGAGCGUUAUUCUGUUCCUGGAGAUCUACCUUCCUGAAGACUGGGAGUCUUGAGGCAGUGAUCAGACGGGCAGGUGGACACCGUCAUGGCUGGAGUUAGAGAGGGAGAUCCUCCAGGAGCAGGGUUGGAGGUCACUGCUCCAAGCGAUCAGUGAUAUUAGCCAGCUGUUUAUUUACCUCGCUUUAGUAAACCAGAGGAAACUCUUUUUCAUCAUCAUUCCAUUCUGGAACGAGUAUGACAGGAUGUUCUGUCUGUCUCUCUCUCUCUUUCUCUCUCUUUCUGUCUGGCUCAUUUGUUCUGUCUUCUGUUUGUUUCUCUGUCUUACUAUCUCUUGUUCUUGUCUAUUUUUCUGUCCAUCACUCUCUUCUCUCUCUCUCUCUCUCUCUCCCCUCUCUCUCUCCUCUCUCUUCUCUCUCUCUCUCUCUCUCUCCCCUCUCUCUCUCCUCUCUCUCUCCCCCCUCUCUCCUCUCUCUCUCUCUCUCUCUCUCCCCUCUCUCUCUCCUCUCUCUCUCCCCCCUCUCUCCUCUCUCUCUCUCUCUCUCUCUCUCUCUCUCUCUCUCUCUCUCUCUCUCUCUCUCUCUCUCUCUGUGUGUCUCUUCUCUCUCUCUCUCUCUCUCUCUCUCUCUCUCUCUAUGUCUCUCUCUCUCUCUCUCUCUCUCUGUGUCUCUCUCUGUGUGUCUCUCUCUCUCUCUCUCUCUCUCUCUCUCUCUCUCUCUCUCUCUCUCUCUCUCUCUCUCUCUGUGUGUGUGUGUGUGAGAGACGACAGUUCCAGAUAUAAACUCGAGCACCGUGUCUGUGGAAAGUGAUGAAGAAUUCAGCAGGUUUGCUGCAGGAACUCGUCCAGAACGUGGUUCAGACUCGGUCGAAACAGGACGAGGACAGAAACUAAAUCUCACACGCUUGUAUUUGCACACUGCUUUUUCUUCUUAAUAAUAAUAAUAAUAGCAUUGAUGUUAAUGGGGGGGAUUUUGGAGUGUAAUGGCCACUACAAAUCUCUCUCUCUCUCUCUCUCUCUCUCUCUCUCUCUCUCUCUCUCUCUCUCUCUCUCUCUCUAAAGCGCAGUAUUGAUGUGAUGGUGACUUCUCGUAGGGAGUUCAUCCAAGAUUUAAAAAGGGGACUUUACAGCAUUAAUUGCAUCUUUUACCCCUCUUAUUCUCCUUUUUGUUUGUUUUUCAUCCUUAAAUGGAGAAGUGAUGUUUUUGUUUUUGUUUUUUCCAGUGUGGAUAUAAUAAUUCCUGUUUAGUGCUCGUUUAAAACAGAAGUAGUAUGGAGUUUGAGAGAUGCUAGUCGGUGUGUUUGUGCACUAAGGUAAGAUGUUUUGGCAGAAGACGAGAGGUUCAAUAUAAUCUAAUAUAAAUACGAUGGGGACGGGAAGCCGGUCGUAGUGAUGGCGCCACCCGGUGUCCGCAGAAGAGAGAAUAAGAACGCUGGUUGCUCUCGAUCCGGAGGCGAAGACGACGAUUAAAGAGGAGGGAUCAUUUGAUUGGUUAACGCCGCUGUCACUCACUACUCGAAACAAGAAUCCGUUCUCUCUUUUUUUUUUUUUUUUUUUUUCUUCUUCUUUCUUGCGUGAACAUUGUUGCCUCUUGGAUAUUUGUCAGUUCUUUCACUGCUAUUCGUCAUUUUAUGUUGUUUUUAAUUUUUUUUUCUUCACUAAUUUAUAAUUGGAUGUCAGGGAACAUAUUCCAAAACACAACAAAAUUUGUAUAAGUGGGUUUCACGUUCUUCGAACUCAAUAAACGGAGAUUAAACAA